CGCACAAAAUCCACCCAAACACACACACAGCAGCAGCUUUAGUUUUGGUACGCAUUACAUUUUCCACGUUUCUUUCGAUUUUCUCUCAUUAAUUUUACUCAAUCACACGUGUCCUGCAUUCAUAUAUCUUCUCUUUCUCCCCACACUUUUAAACCUUCUUCAAGUACUUGCUUCUUGGUACUAUUCAUUUACUCAAUCAUCAAUCAAAAAGUAGGAAAGGAAUUCAUCUGCAAAUGCUGAAUUUUACCAGGUCAAGACCUCAGCGGCCCAACAGGCCCAAUUCUUUAGGAGGCAUGGAUUUUGUGGAUCCAGUGAAGAAAAGCGGUGUAGUAAGAAAGAUUAUUUUUGCUACAGGUCUUAUCGCGUUAUGCAUCGUUAUAAUUAAAACAUCCCCGACUUUCAGCAGCCCGAGCCCAUUUUCUCUUCAUGAAACAGGAAUUACUCAUGUCUUAGUAACGGGAGGUGCUGGCUAUAUCGGUUCUCAUGCUUCACUACGCCUUCUAAAAGACUCUUAUCGUGUCACAAUUGUGGACAAUCUCUCACGCGGAAACCUAGGAGCAGUCAAAGUUCUUCAAGACAUGUUUCCCGAACCCGGCAGACUUCAGUUCAUUUAUGCGGACUUGGGUGAUCCAAAAGCCGUAAACAAAAUCUUCUCGGAAAAUGCAUUUGAUGCAGUGAUGCACUUUGCAGCAGUUGCAUAUGUUGGUGAGAGUACCCUUGAUCCGCUAAAAUAUUAUCACAAUAUUACAUCAAAUACCAUGGUCGUAUUAGAGGCUAUGGCAGCCCAUAAUGUGAAUACGUUGAUAUACUCUAGUACAUGUGCAACAUACGGGGAGCCUGAUAAGAUGCCCAUUACCGAAGAAACCCCUCAGAACCCAAUUAACCCGUAUGGAAAAGCCAAGAAGAUGGCAGAAGAUAUUAUCCUGGAUUUCCAUAAAACCUCGGACAUGGCGGUCAUGGUCUUAAGAUACUUCAAUGUGAUUGGCUCAGAUCCAGAUGGAAGGUUAGGAGAAGCACCAAGACCAGAAUUACGUGAACAUGGACGGAUAUCUGCCGCAUGUUUUGACGCCGCUCGUGGGAUUACAAAAGGUCUUAAGGUUCGAGGAACAGACUAUAAAACUGCAGAUGGAACAUGCAUACGUGACUACAUCGAUGUAACUGAUCUAGUAGAUGCUCAUGUAAAAGCUCUCCAGAAAGCACAACCUGGGGAAGUUGGAAUAUACAACGUUGGUACAGGACGAGGAAGAUCGGUUAGAGAGUUUGUCGAAGCUUGUAAGAGGGCAACGGGGGUGUCUAUAGAUGUCGAAUAUUUGCCACGCCGUCCUGGUGACUAUGCUGAGGUGUACAGUGACCCAUCAAAAAUACUUCGUGAACUUAAUUGGUCAGCAAAAUACACAGAUUUGGAAAAGAGUUUACAGGUUGCCUGGAAAUGGCAAAAGUUGCAUCAUAAUGGAUAUGGGCCCACAAAGACUUCUUUCUAGAAGUUACUACCAAUCCCAAAAAAGAAAUUUUACCUAUACACACACAUUCUAUUUUUCUUCAAGAACUAAAGGGUCUUUGGGGGUAUUGUUGUGGGUACUUGAAUUUUAUGCAUUAAGGGUUGUUUGUAUAUGUCUACUUUGGGAAAAGGGCUAGAGGGUUGAAGCAGUUUACUGUAUGAGAGAGCAACCCAUAAACAAGAGAUCUCAAUAAUACAAUAUGGUUCUUUAUUUUUA